ACUCAAUCCUAAGUCUUCUUCACAGAUUCUUCCAAUUGGUUUAUACUCUACGCUCUAGGUGCCUGCAUACAGGGACUCCGAGCGCGAUCUGAAAAUAUUGGGGUCUCAAAAGUCUUCAGUCUUGAAAAAUAACAUCUUUCAAUGCGGGGAGUCUCGACUUCGACUCCAGCGUUCGAACUACUGGAUAUAAACGCGAAUCUAUCUCGUCUGCAACUUCUGCUUCCCAUCGCCAGGUAUCAAUUUCUCCUAUUGCGGGCCGGGGCAGCACAACUCAAUCUUACCCCGCCAGUGUCACGAAUACCAAGCAUCAAUUUGUCUCCUCGGUCUCAUUUGUUGUUAGCACAAUGGCAACAACAAUAGGAUGACCUGGAAAGGGAUGCGCCUGAACGCAUGCGCAUGCUGGCAAACGCGUCACCAACUCGGCUCAAAUUUCGCAGGUGCGUACUUUUGUUUGUUGUGCUAAACUCCGUCGGUGGAGUCUCUGGCUUCAUGUUCCGCGUUGGUUCCGCGUUGUCAGGGAAUCAUAGAUAUACUUCCCGCACAAGCCUGACAACCUUCAAGUUUUCCGGUUCUUGUUUAGGAUAUAUUUCAAUCGAUGUAGCAAAUACUAAGGCCUGACUAUGAACAGGACAUCGUGACCGAUCCAGGAGGCUAUGGGCAUCAGAGUCGAGAUUUUGAAGAGUUGAAGAUUUGAUUAAGGACUAGACGGCGUCCAGCUAACGUUGCUCCAGGUUUGCUCCAGGGGUUGCGGGAGCCCUAAGGAUGAUAGUUUAGCCACUUCAUAUAGCCGCACGGUCUUUGUAAGCAAUUGAAUUGAAUUAACGCUCAGGGUGUUACGGUAC